AUGGAUAUCGGGGGUUUGGAGACGGUGGUGGCGAACUCAGCAUAUGUCUCAGCUCGUGGCAGUUUGGAUGCUUCAGCUGUUGCAGCAAUGCGAGAUAAAAAGUAUCGAGCUAAACUGAAUCUUCCACACAUCCGAGAGUGUGAGCACAUGAAGACCACAGUAGACUCUGCCUUUGACAGCAUGUGUGUUCACCAGCCAAUUGGAAAGCUGCUCUUUCAGCAGUUCCUCUCCAGUGAUCUCACCCACAGAGCUGCUGGAGAAUUCUGGAAGGAUGUGGAAGACUACAGCAUGGUGUUGGAGAAAGACCGUGUGCAGAAAGCACAGAAAAUUAUUAACCGGUACUUUGACAUGAGUUCUGAAGACUUCUGCAGCUUCUUGGAGGAGAAGACAAUGGAGCAUGUGAAGGAAAACCACCAGAAUGCCAGGACUGAUCUAUUCAAGGAGAGCGAGCAGCAGCUGCUGAAACAUCUGGAGGCCAGCACGCUGAGUGGGUUUAAAUCUAGCCCCUACUUCCUGCGCUAUGUUCAGUUUAAGUGGUUGGAGGGACAGGCAGUGACAGAGGACUGGUUCAUGGAGUUCCGUGUUCUCGGGAAGGGCGGCUUCGGUGAGGUGCACGCCUGCCAGAUGAAGGCCACCGGAAAGAUGUAUGCCAACAAGAAGCUGAAGAAGAAAUGGCUGAAGAAGCGCAAAGGCUAUGAUAGUGCAAUGGUGGAAAAGAGAAUCCUGGCAAAAGUGCACAGUCGCUUCAUUGUCUCUCUUGCAUAUGCUUUCCAAACCAAAAGCGACCUCUGUCUCAUCAUGACUAUCAUGAAUGGAGGAGAUCUCAGGUAUCACAUGUAUAAUGUAGAUGAGAAGAAUCCAGGCUUUAGUGAAGUACGAGCGACUUUCUACUGUGCUCAGAUCAUCUGUGGAUUAGAACAUUUACACCAACACAGAAUCAUCUACAGAGACCUGAAACCUGAGAAUGUUCUCCUCGAUGAUGCAGGUCAUGUUCGACUGUCUGAUCUCGGGUUGGCUGUUGAACUUCCCCCAGGAAAAGACAAAACUAAAGGAUAUGCAGGAACACCAGGGUUUAUGGCUCCUGAGCUGCUGCAAGAUAAAGAAUAUAACUACACUGUGGAUUAUUUCACUCUUGGAGUCACACUGUAUGAGAUGGUGACAGCUAAAGGACCCUUCAGAGUCAGAGGAGAACAGGUGGAGAUCAAUGAGGUGACAAGGCGGAUCCUGAAUGACCCCCCCCAUUACCCCCCCACCUUCAGUAAUGAGCUGAAGCAGCUGUGCAAUGGACUGAUGGAGAAAGAUCCGGAAAAACGCCUGGGCUUCAAAAACAACCAGUGUUUGGAGCUGAAAAGUCAACCGUUCUUCAGAGAACUGCAGUGGGGUCAGCUGGAAGCAGGUCUUCUUCCUCCUCCAUUUGUUCCUGAUCCUAAGAUGGUCUAUGCAAAGAACAUUGAUGAUGUGGGUGUCUUCAGUACGGUUAAAGGUGUAGUGUUUGAUGCCAAAGAUAAUGAGUUUCAUAAUGAGUUUGCAUCGGGGAACAUCCCGAUUCCGUGGCAAGAAGAGAUGAUAGAGACUGGAGUGUUUAAAGAGCUGAAUGUAUGGGGUAACGAUGGGAAACUCCCCAACAAUCUUGACCUCAACUACAUCCAGAGCAAAGGAGGAGGGUGUGUUAUACUGUAG